UCUUUUUGGGGCUUAAUUUUUUGUUGGCUAGAUUAAGGGUUCGAACCUCACAAAUUCAACAAAGUUGGGAGCUUUAGCCAGCCAUGGGAGGUCACGGUGGUUUGAACAUUCUUCCACAGAAGCGAUGGAACGUUUACAAUUUUGACAAUCGAGAAAAAGUCCGAAAGGACGAAGAAGCUGCCGCUAGAGAAGAGCAGAUCAAACGCGAGGAAGCUAGGAAACGAGAUGCUGAGUCUCGUCUCGAGGUGCUUCGUAACGUCCGUGGCUUAGCGCCUCUCAAACGGGCUUCUCCGGAGGCAGAGAAGGGUAAGGAUGAGGCAGUUGCGGUGGCCGCUGGUGUUAAAUCCAGUGCUGUUGUUGUGGAGAGUGUUGAACCCGAGGAGCCUAAGACGGGUCAUAUAAAUCUAUUCGAAGGGAUUAAGAUCUUUGAUCCGAUUCAGAUCCCAAAGAACGAUAAGCCUGCGGAGGAGGAAGAUCAGAGAAGAAAAAAAAUGAGGAAAGAAGCGGCUGCAACUGCUAGAGCUUCUGCCAAGGAUGCUGCAGCGAGAGCUGGUGAUCCAGAUGAGGAGAAGUAUAGAUUAGGAUAUGGGGUUGCUGGUAAAGGUGUGAAGCGUCCUUGGUACCUUGAGAAACGUAAUGAUGAAGAUGAUAGUGUACGUGGUGAGGAUGAUGGUGGAUAUAGAGGUCAUGAAGCUAAGAAGAAGAAUAGUGGGAAGAAAAGCUUAAAGGAGCUGAGAGAAGAAAGGUUGAAGAGGGAGAGGGUUGAGAAGGAAAGAGAGAGAGCCCUUUUCAUGAAACAGAGCCAGAGAGACGGUGGUUUUUCACGGAGGCGGUGAUGAAAUCACAAAGAUGACACAGAGACUUGAUGUUGAGAUUCAAAGGUGGUUCAAAGAUGACACAGAGGCUUGAUGUUGAGAUUCAAUGGCCCUUUUGUCGUCUAUCUAUGUGUGUAUAGAGAUGUUUCUACAGAUAGAAAAGUGGAAAGGAUGUGUAGUGAGUUUGAUAGUGGAAUUCUUUAUACUGCUUCCUGCUCAAAGAGUUGUGUCCCCUAAAUUUUUGUAAAAAUGCUUUGCAAUUCAACAGAGACCUUUGGCUAAUUAUAAGAAAUAAGAGUACUCGUAAAAGACA